ACCUGACGGACCGCUAGCAAAUUACCGCAAUCAAAUUAUAGAAGCAACCGAUUGCUACAGAUGUAUCAGCUCCAGUUACUGAAGUUUUAUAGUUGGUGAUCAGUCCUGCUAGUUGGUGAUCAGUCCUGCUUGACGAGAAACAAAAUGAAAUGGUAAUUUAUACCUUAGUUUUAACCUGACAAGGUCAGAUGCGGAUCACAUAUUAGAUGCGUUUCGGAUAUGUAUGUGUUUUGGACACGCCAGCACUCUGAUGUUAAAGAGAACGACUGGGAAUCAGUCAUCGUCAAAUGCCUGUAGGCUGGUCAGUUUGAUAGCACUGACGGCCUUGUACUUGGGAGUCAUAACAUCCUAUACAUGGAUAUGUGAAAAACAUAAUUGUUUCGGAUCAUUUUCACCAACUUUUAUACCAACAUUUAAACCCGUUGACGAGUCAUCAACGAUUUCCUAUAAUGCUGAUUUAAAUGUAAACAACAGUUAUAGCGUCAAAGACUCUCAGAUUCGUAUACAUUUUUUCAACCCUCCACCAUGGACCGGAAGUGAUACCUUUAAAAAAUGUGCACACAAAUGUUCAAUAUCCUUCGGGCGUAAUUAUAAGGAUUAUUCCUCAAGUAAAUUUGUUAUAUUUGAUGGAAGCAACACCUUGCCAAAAACCCCUCCUCCAAAACCAGCUGGUCAAGUGUGGAUAUACCAUGGCAUGGAGCCACCUUUUCUUCAGGCAAAUUUGCAAAACUGGAAUCGUAUGAUAAACUGGACAUUUUCGUAUAGAAGAGAUGCCGAGUUUACUCACGUUUAUGGUACAAUGUUAUUUAAGGAAGUGAAAGACACAGUAAGAGUAAGAUUGAAGAGUAAAUGGGAAGAUAAAAGCGGUGGUAAUGCGUGGUUUGUGUCUCAUAAAAACGUCCCGAGUAAACGAGCAAAAUUCGCCAAGGCGUUGAGUAACACAACCAAUGUAGAUAUUUUCUCACGAACGGGACCAAAGAAAUGUCCAACAGACACGAUUAAAGAUUGCAAUAAGUUAUUAAGUGACAAAUACAAAUUUUAUCUCGCGUUUGAGAACGAAUUGUGUCGUGAUUACGUCACCGAAAAAUGUUUUAAGAUUUAUGCGUCACAAGCUGACGUCAUUCCUGUCGUCAGAGGAGCCCCGGACUAUUCGUUGUUUGCUCCCCCGCAUUCCUAUAUUGAUACUUCAGAAUUUAAUGACAUUUCAAGCCUAGGAACAUUUCAAUUAAAACUUGGAAACAAUCGAACCGCAUUUGAAGAUUAUUUUCAAUGGAGAAAAUAUUACUAUAACGAACCAACAGGAGAUCGUGCGUUCUGUCAGCUAUGUGCUCAGGCCCAUCGAGUUCCACUGAGGUAUAGGUUAUAUGACAAUCUGAAAAUCUGGAUACAUGGCGACUCAGAUAACCCUAUGUGUCGUCAGGUCUCUGACAUCAAAUAAAUUACCAUUCCAUG